AUGGCCGCUCGAUUGACAUCGAAAUCGGCACCAUCGCCAGCUUCGUCUGGCGCCAUCGUCCCUGCGCAGCUCGGCUUCCUCGCUAUCUUCAACCCCUCACUCGGCAACACGGACGAGACCAUCGACGACCAGAUUGUCUACUACGCCUCCGUUAGCACUCAGUCCUCUUCCCACAGGCGCCGACGCACUCGAGGACUGCCGACCCAACACAUAUCCCCCGAAGAACGUAAUGAACGCCUGCGUCAGAUCGGCCUUGCCCAGGGCAUGGCCAGCUUCAGUAGAGGCUUCGCGGGUGGCGCGAAUCUGGAUACCAUCGACACCGAGAAGGCCAGGGUAGUUCUCCACGAGCUGGAGCCUGGAUGGUGGAUAUUGGCUAGCAUCGACCUAACGAAAGUGCCCCUCCCUCCUAGACUUCCUACCAAGAACAGCGAGUUGGCCGAGGACCGAUAUGAAUAUUCAAGUCGCGAGAUGAAGCCGUCAAACCUCCUUAUGAGAGAUCUUUUACGAGCCCACAGUACUUUCCUUAUGCACCACGAUUCGUCCUUGAGUGCCUUGUUUGUCCGAACCAAGCGCACCAAGUUCGUCGCAGUUCUGAGCCGCUACUGGGACUUGUUUCUCUCGACAUGGAACGUCAUGCUACAUGGGAACCCGGCACGAGACGUCUUUGGGGGUAUAAAUAUUGCAGCAUCAGGCGAGCUUGGCGUUGGUGUCGGCGAGGAAGAUCGGGGAAGUGGCGAGAGAGAGGUCUUAGAGGGGCUGGUCGGCAGAAUAGAGGGUCUCGUUGACUUGGUCGUAUCAAAGUUUGGCGACGAUGACCCCGAGGCAUCAUCCGAAUCGAAGAACGGCGAAUCGAAGCCGUGGUUAGGGACCGGCCAAGAACCCGGGUCGGAAGAUGGAGCUAUAUUUCUGGGAACAGGCGCUCUCUCCAGGAAGUCUCUGAGGGAUGUGACGCACUGGAUGGAGGAUCUCUAUACCUGGGGGGAACAGGCUUACGGCGUCAUUGAGAGCCCGACAUCCGUUCGUCGGGCUAAAAAGAGACGAGCAAGCAAAGCAACGAUCCAAAAGCCUGCCAAAGAUUCCAUCCCACCACCUGUUAUUGUUGAGCCAAGAAAGCCCGCAACAGACGAGGUGCAACAGUCCGACCCGCAAAAGUCCGAUCCUGAUGCCCUAGCUGUGGACAAGCCACAAGCCCGAGAAGGGGAAGAUGGGAAACUAGACAAGAUGGUCAGUUACCUGAAGUUAGGCUACGGAACAUACUGGUCUCUGCCUGGUGGCUCAGAUUCCUCCAAGGGAUCACCAGGCCCUGAGACGCCGGAAUCUAGCAAGCAUGUUGGCGAUUCCCCUACGCAUACCCGGUCGUCACUGGCUGGUCGCUCGCCGUCUUAUGACGCCGCGGGCCAGUACCUCAUCGGUCUUAAGGGAGACAUUGAGGAGGACUACAAAAGCGACGGGGACACAAGUCGACACAGCUCUGACGGCUCGGACCUAGAGCAUAACUCGCGCACCGUCCUACGAACUGUCCAUAUCGAACUUGAGAGUGAGGCAGCAGACAGACCAGAAGCCACCAUCAUCCGCGACUUUGAGCAUCCGGCCAGCCCUCUCACACAGUCACAGGUCGUUGGCAACAUGCUCCCCGGCUAUGACUCUCACGACCUCAACAAAGCUAUCAAGUUGCGCGUCGUCGUUUACGUCAACCGUCCGUUUGUCUUCGUCUUUCUCUUCCACCUGCGCACCGACUCACUGGCCUGGGACUCACUCUAUCGCUCGUUGCAUCACCAACUCGCCCCCCUCCGGAAGCCCCUCAUAUCCUCCACGCGAUACCGCCCUGAACGGCCAGGAGCCGACGUGGCGGGUACUGGCAAUAAUAGCAUAUAUGACCUCAUCUGGGACCCGGACGCCCUCACCGUCCACUCUUCCAUCCCCAACAUCCCCGAUCACUACAUGACUCCAGAGCUCUGGUCCCGCUCUGACGCUUUAAACACUCACACACACCUCCUGAACAUCCACGCGGCCUCCCGCUCUCGCACGACAGCCCUUGAACGCACACAGAAAACCAACCGCGGCUGGUGGAUCGUCUGGACACGCCUCCUCGAUCGCCACGACGAAGCUAUUAGCACCUCGAACACAAACACCAAUAACCUCUCUACUAUCCACGAGGCAGGUUCUGACACGAGCUCCGUGGGAGACCCCGACCCGGAUGACACCCCGCCCCCGGACAACCGAUCCCUCACCCCCGUCAUCGCCAAGGAAAUCUUCCUCAUCCGUCGCGCAAGCGACCAUGUCGGCUUCCGCAGCGCAUAUGCCGACUCAUCCACCGGCGGUGGUGACGGUGCUAGUCGCCUGGCACAGGGCAUUGGCGUUGACACCCGUCGCUACGUCGAUGAGCUCUUGAGCUUGCUGUAG